AUUUUUAUAUUAUGGUAUAAUUCUAAAAAUGUAAUCUUGAAAUCUCUCUUUACAAUUUAGCACGGUUUUGAAAGUUCUUCAAUUUCCAAAUUCUCCCAAACCUGCUCACUCCUACUUUUACCACUACUAAUUAGAGCCACACGUGCAGAGCUAAAAUGCAAAAUCACUCUAUCUCUUCUUCUCUCUCUAUUUUUUUGUUUCUUAUUUUAAGGAGAGAAAAUCUACAAAGCCACCUUCUUAAUUGAUUGAUAAACGGUUUGAGUGGAGGCUUCAUCCGAUCCGAGAGAGAAAACAAUACGAUCAUGGAAGAUUUCUCAAAGAAGGUGACACUAAAAGAGCCAGUGGAAUUAGAAAAUUCCUCAAAUACCCUUCUUUUGCUUCGCCGAUUUCUUCACAUUCAGCAGCGGAGAGCACAAGCUUAUGCCAAUCUAAAACGGGGUUUUGAUGAAUAUAUGGUAUCAGGAGGAGAAUUGGCUUACCAACAGCUUUGCAGCGAGAUCACACUUGAAUUCAGUGACUGCUCAAAACAGGUUCUUGAAAUGGAGGGCCUAUUUCAAAACUACCGGCUUGAUCUUGCUCAGCUUCUCAGAGCUGUUCAAACCCAGGAAAAGCAUAAAUUACAUCUUACCGCAACAAUUCAGGUACUGAAGAAGGCUGGUCAUCCAUCAGAACGUCUUGUGAGCCAUGAAAAUUGCAGAUUCACAAUGCCAAUGGAGCACGAAUGUGUGCAUGUAUCUGAAAUAACUGAAGCUGCUGGAACUGAAGAGGCAGAAGCAGAUGCUGAGUAUGAUGCUGCUCUUAAGGAAGCCAUUAGAGGUGUUCAGGAUGCUGUGACUGCCAUAAAUGAUCAUAUAGAAGAAGUCAAAUAUGAGAUUGCUGCCCUUGAGGCUGAGUGACGUUAAAUUACAUAUCAGAAGAACACAUCACAACACAUUACGAUUGCGCAACAGUCAAGCAAGAAAGUAAGAAAAUAGUGGAUUGUGGAACUUAUCUUACUCCUUCAGAAAAUUGGCCUUGAAUUGUUUUGUUCAAUGAAACGGGCAUAAGUGGUCUUGUUAUUUGUUGCAGUCCUUUUCUGCAGUGCGGUUCAACAAGUAUCAAGGUGUCAGUUUCCACUGUUCUUUUA